ACUGGGAAUCAGUUGCGAGGCAGAAGCGCGCGAGUCAAGAACGCCGAGCGGAGCAACCUAUCUGAUAUCAACCAAAGGAGAGAUGGCCUGGAAGACUUUCACGCUACUGCCGCUACUACUGGCGGCCACUCUGGCCAAUCCCAUGGGCUCCACAACGGAGCUAUCUACCCCACCGGCUCUUAGUUCCGAGCAGACCCAUGCCCAUGCCCAGACGCAGAUCAUCAAGGAGGAGCACUUUCCGGCCAUGGCUCCGCCGCAGGCCAUCGAGUCCAGCGGAUCCAGUGGCCAACCCAUAGCACUGCAACCUCCUCUGCCCUCCUCCAGCGGAGAUGAGGAUGCACUGCGUCGGCGUACCGUCACCUACGAUCAGCGACAGGAGGGGCAGUACAAUAUACGCGCUGAUCUCGAGAACUUUAUGAUCCUGCUGAUUCCGCCCGGACCGCAGGAGGGGAUCAGCCUGCUGGAACUGCUGGGCCGUGGUAACACCAAGGGCCCUGGAGCCCUCAAGCGCAAACACCCGUUGAGGAGCAACUCACUGAAGUCCUUCUACCAGAAGAGCCACCUCCAGAAGCUGCAACAACAGCAGCAGCAGCAGCAGAACCAUCACCAAUCCUCGCCAGCGCUGCCCCUGCCGGAAUUCAUUGAGGGACGCUCGCCCUAUCACGUGGACAUCUCGGCCAGCGAUCCCGAGCAGGCGCAGCGUCUGCAGCGCCAGCAGGUGGACGUACUGCCUCCCCAAUUGAUACCCAUGCCGCAGCUGAUCAAACCCUAUCACUUGGAGGCCGAACCGGAGCUGAUCCAGGCCCUGCCCCCCGUUUCCGCCAGCAGCAGCAGUGGCUCCAAUCUGCUCGAGAGCUACAACCAUCCGGGAUCGCAAUACUUUCGCAGUUCCCGCGCGCUGAGGGGCGAUAGUUACCUGGAUACCAAUCGUCUGACUGGCGGCGACUUCGCCAGUCCGCGCUCCAUCAGUGCUCCCAUUUACCGCAGCGAUCUUGGAGGCGUCGCCAAUGGCCAGUACCCACCCAUAGAUGCCCCCACCUAUUUCGCCGAUCAGUCACGCUCCUGGCAGCUGGACGAGGAGCCCACCAGGGCACAGGCCCUGGAGCCGGAGAUCGUUAGCUUCGACCUGCUGGCCGACGACGACCUGGCCGAGUCGCGGACCCUCCUCCGGGACGGACUGGCACGCUGUGCCCGCGGCGAGCGGCGGGACAGCUACGGAGCCUGCCGCCAGAUCGAGGGCUACUAAAGAGGAGUAAGGGAGAACCGCCAGACUGCCAGCCUAAAUGUUAGUUUCAUACUUUGCACACUCUAGAAUUAAGCCGACGAAAAACGUCUUACCAAUAAAUACAAAAUCUUAAUCGCCACUGAAAAA